AUGAAGCAAUCAAAUAAAUUGGAAACUUGGGGAAAUGAAAUGACCAUGAACUUGAACAACAUUUUAUACCAAAACAUUCAAGCUUCGCCUUAUUUCAAACAACUUUAUGAAUUGAAAACUUAUCAUGAAGUUAUAGAUGAAAUUUAUAAUCACGAGCCUUUCCUUAAAGGGACAACUGCGUCAACAGCCUUUUGUUUGCUUUAUAAGCUUUGGACUUUACGAUUAACGGUAAAACAAAUUAAUGGUUUGAUUCAACAUACCGAUUCUCCACAUAUACGCGCGUUGGGGUUUCUUUACCUUCGUUACGUAUGUAAGCCAGUUCAUUUAUGGGACUGGCUUGAAGAAUAUUUAGACGAUGAAGAGGAUGUCCAAGUUCAAGGCGGAUCUCGUCCAGUCAUUAUGUAUGUAUCUCCUAUGGAAAAUAUAGGUAAAAUGUGUCGUCAAUUGUUAACAGAUCAAAAAUGGCUCGGAACUAUUUUACCUCGUAUUCCAGUACCAAUCGCUCGUGAUAUCGAACAAAAAUUGAAGGAAAGGUCACAACCUCCCCCUCAGCCAAGGUAG